CACGUCUUUUAGUGUUGUGAGUUUUAUUGCGUUGUGUGUUUGCUGUGCCAUUAAGAUUGUUUUGUUUUAAAUUAAAGAUAUGGGCACCUCAAGUAGCAGCUUGCAUGAACUUGCUGACAACAAAUACUUACAGCAGUUUUCAAACAAAGAAUCCAUUACUCCAAAUGAUCCUUUCUGGAAUCAAUUCUUAUCCUUCACUUUUGUACCUCCCCAUUCAAGUGCUGACUUUCGGCUGUUGGAAGAUAGCACACGCCCUAUGCUUGAUGCACUUUUAAAAAAUAAUCCUGUGUCCGGAAAUGUUUCUGCCCUCAUUAAAGUAUUCCUCAUGCAUUCAUCCGAACUAAAAGCUGCUGUUCAUUGUGAAAAUAAAGUAUUUAUAUGGCAGGCAUAUAAUUCUUUAUUUAUAUUACGAGUUAUUUUGAAGUAUUUUAUUGAAACACUAGGAGAAGAAGGUUUAUUGAAACAUCUGGACGAUUCUCCGCAAAGUAAGUCUAAUGCUAGCAAUGAAUUUCUACCUGGAAAAAUAAUAGAAUCGAUCAUAUGUGCUUUAUUUGAAAUAAUUGUUGAUAUUAACAUGGAUAGUAAUACAUAUGCCAUCACUCUUGAGGCUGUGAAUGCAAUGAUUACGUUAUUAUCUGUUCAGAUGUUUUCAUCUCGACCUGCCCAUUUAUCCCUUGUGUAUUCUGUCAUUAUGCAAAAAAAGUGUUCCAUUCAUUCAUUUUUACUUGUAAAAAUGCUUCUUCAACAUUAUAGUAAUCAAGAAAAAUGUCCUCAUUGCUUAACUUCUAGUGAAGGUGGCAGCGUAAUUGCUGGUCUUGCAGCUGGUAUUUGGAAUGUUUUAACAUUUAAUUAUUCACAAAAGAUUUCAGUGAGUAACUCAUCAUCAGGACCUGUUCUUGCAAACCAGUGCUUACUUUUAUUAUUAAUAUUAGUAAAUCAUUGUACCAGUGAAAAAGAUGUAAAAAAUCCAUAUCGAACUGCUUUAUUUUCGUUUCGAAAUGCUAGUGAGAGAAUUGAUACCUCAACAAGUGACAGCGUGGCAGCCUUCAAAUUUGACUACAAUGUUUUAUUCAAAACAUUGUGCAGUACUUUAAAAGAUGAUCAGACCGCAUUAUUAUUAUAUCUGUUACUUCACCAAAAUGCCAAUUUUCGACAUUAUGUCAUGUUUUCUUCUGAAAUUUCUGACAUAGUUCUUCCACUCUUGAAGGUAUUAUACAAUGUUCCAGAAAAGAAUUCACAUUUGAUAUACAUGGCAUUAAUCAUCUUGUUGAUUCUCAGUGAAGAAGAAAAUUUCGACCAACAAAUUCAUUCUAUAAAAAUAAAAAACAUUUCAUGGUACACUGAAAGAAUUCUAUCUGAAAUUACUCUUGGAAGCUUGAUCAUACUUGUUCUUAUUAGAAUUAUUCAGUACAAUAUGACUAGAAUGCAUGAUAAAUAUCUUCAUACUAAUUGUUUAGCAGCUUUAGCUAAUAUGUCGGCAUAUUUACAAGAUUUACAUCCAUAUGUUUGUCAAAAAUUUGUUAGUUUAUUAGAAAAUAUGGGCAAAAGACAUCUGCGCAUUACAGAUCCAUCGCAGGUUGUUUGUCAGCAAAAUGAAGAUGAAUUAUUACCUUCUGAUCUAAUGCAAGAUUGUUCUGUGCUUGAUGAAGUGAUUAGGAUGCUAUUGGAAAUAUUAAAUUCAUGCUUGACUUUUCAGCUUCGAAAUAAUUUAAAUUUAUUGUACACGAUCUUGUACAAGAAAAAUAUUUUCAGCAUGUUUCGAUCAAAUUCAAAUUUUCAAGAUAUUAUGCAAAAUAUUGACUCUGUGUUAUUAUUUUUUUCAUCUCAUUUGGAAUCAAUGGAACAAAAUUUAUCUGUUGCAGAAGUGUCUGAAAUAAUUAAGUGUGUGUCAUUGCAGUGGUCUAAAGAUAAAAUGAAGAAAUUUCCAGAGUUGAAAUUCAAAUAUGUAGAAGAAGGUCAGCCAGAAGAUUUCUUCAUACCUUAUUUAUGGUCAGUUGUUUUUCAUUCUUCAGACUUUUAUUGGAAUUCUCGGAACAUCUUAAUAUUCAAUCCCCACAAACAUUCUUGAGUGAUUUAGGUUUCGGGUCAAUGGGGUAAAGUGAUCAUAUAUCAAAUAAAAAGCUAUAUUUCUUAAAUAAAUUGAGGAAUGAGUGUACAUUUUUUAGCUUAGACUUUUUUUUUCACAAUGAGGAAUUUUAUUUUAAAUUGUAUUGCUGGCAAUACUUCCUUUAGUGGAAAUAGUUGUUUUGUUUGCUUAUGAAAUAUACUUUGAAAUCCGAACACCUCUCUAUGUUUAAAAGAUUUUUCAUCAGAUUGACUGGGCAGAAAGUUUUACAUGUGUGUCAAGAACACAUCCUCAUAAACAGCUAAGCUGGAUUAUUUAAGAUAGUAUUUUUGAGCAACUGGAGUAACGUGGGGUAAAGUGUUCAUUGGUUAGGCUUAACAUGAAUCUCUUAAGCAUAGCAGUUAAAUAUUUAUUUUGCUAAGCAUGUAUUGUUUUUAAGUUAAACUGGAUUACAUGCUACAGAACUUAAGUGCAAUAAGGAAAUUGGUGUGAAAUUAGAUUGUUAUAAUAUUUGUACAUUUUUUUUUUUUUUUUUUGCAAGAUCAGCUUUCAAUUUAUUCUAAUAAAAGAAUUAUGUCCCAAAAAGAUUUCUGUUAAAUGUUAAUAAAAAAUAGAAACUGGAAACUAAAAGUAUUUUGUACACAUUGAAAAUUAUAUAAAACUUAAUCAAAUAUAUAUGUUUGUUUUUGUUUUUUAAUAUUUUUUCAUUCUUUUGUUCUAUUAAAAGUUGGAAUAUCUAUGUUUCUAUGUAGAUUGAAAUUGCUUGAUAAAAGUUAUUGUAUUUUUCUUUGCAAUAAUAACAAUGCCAAAAUAGAUGAGAAAAUGUACAACUUCAAAUAGUCAAAAUAAUCGGACAAGAAUUACUGCAUUAAGAGUUAUUGGGUUAUGAAUUAUUUGGUGUCGAUGACAUAUGAAGGGGGAAAAUCUAUCAAUUAGUUUAUUGCAGAUUACACAGGAGAACAAAAUAAGGUUUUUUCUUUGGUGCCCAGAGUUUGAGAACUGCUUUUAGAUAAGUUUGGGGCUCUGAAUCGAAAUAUGAAAUUAUUUUUUCUCUAGCAGCUCUACUUUUUCACGUAAGUGCUGCGUUUUUACCCAAAGUGUGCAGUUUUAAUUCAAUUUUUCGCAUUCCUGAAGCAAGUAUACGCUUCUGAAACAAGGACUGCUUCCAGCAUAUUUGCCCUAUUGUCAGUCUGCAGUCCAGUUACAUUCAGGAAAAUUCACUACAUGGAGUGAAUAUCUGGCAAUUUUAGUAACAACGCUUCCACAAAUUAAGAUCAAUUUUUAACUUCAUGUUUUGCAUAUACUCGCUUUGAGUGAUCUGUGACUAGUUGGAUCUUUGUAUAUAACAUUUUUAGGGCCUGAUUAAUACAGGAGAUGACCCUAAACAAACAUUUUUUAGGGGUCCUCUGCAGCCAAACCUUAUAAACAUUUAACAUAAAUGGAGAACCAGGGGUGGUGGUUUCAUUGGUGUUGAGGUGUUGCACCACUCAUUCAAAAUAUUUGUUAAGGGGGAGCAUCCUACACAUGUGAAAAAAAAGGUAAAUAAAUAAAGGUGAGUGCCUGAGUUUUCUUCCUUUUCUUAAAUAAUAGACUAACUACUACAUUUAGUCUUUUGGGCGCUCUUAAAAAUUGUGUGCCCAUGGCCAACAGCCUAACUGUUAUGUUUGGUAUUUGAGUUCUGAUUAUUUGUAUAUUACAAUAGGAAUAAAAAUUCACUGUUUUGUUCCCCAUCUAAUUAUGUAAUUUAAACCAGUGUCACAUAUAUUUCAAUGUUAUAUCUCAGAAAUGUGAGUUCCUAGGCAAAGACUGAUGUCAUAUUUGAACUCGGGGCACCAAAUUCAUACGAAAUCAGUUCCCAAUAUCCGGCCACCAAAAUGACUGUUCCCCUGUUAUUGAUCAGCAAUAAAAUACCUAGAGAAAUCAAACAUUGGAAGUUAUCGCACCUUCCCUAUGACAUAGAUGAAAUCAAGUAGUUGUAGUCUUGUGCCAGCUAAGCUGGCACUUCAGGCUCUGCUGCUUCACUUUUCCAACUGUACCGUAAUUUGGUGUGAAAUCCAACUUCCACUGUAUGCAUAUGCCAUAAGGACCCCUUUGUAGCGUAGGCAACCAUUCACGGCACAACAACACAAAAAAAGGACAGGAGUGAAAGUAAAACCAUACCCAAGCCGAAAUUUGAACCCAGGACCUCCCCAUCCGCAGUUAGACUUCUCUGACCACUAGACAAGGCAGUCGGCAAUCAAGGAGUCAAAUAUGAUAAAAAUUCUUGGUCAAUCAAUGACCAUAGAGUAUCACAAAUUUGUAAUUUAUUUUAAUA